CGACCACGACCACGUCCUACGCCACGAACAGCUUGCUAAAUUUCGCCGAACAGAUACUUCUAGCUGCUGCUACAACGAAAACUCCGCACAGUCCCUGCUGAGAGUGUCUGGCCGCCAAACGCCUGCCUAGGCUUGUCCAUCAUGGGGGCGUCCAUCAUCGACACCCAGCGCCAACUAAUACUCGACUGCAUCAAGAACACCGGCCGUGGAGAAUGGAAAGUCCUUAUUGUCGACGAGACGAGUCAGAAGCUCAUUGCCAACGUUGUAAAGGAGGACGACAUUCUCAAUGAGCAAAUAACCAACAUUGAGCGAAUUGAGGAAAGGCGGCCCAUGAACAAGGACAUGGACGCCAUCUAUUUCCUCACAGCUCAACCGCACAUCGUCGACUGUGUCAUGGCCGACUUUGAGCGACGCAGAUAUCGAGGAUCCUAUCUGAUAUGGACCUCAUUACUGCCACCCCCGCUACGAGAACGCAUAGACCGAUCGGCCAUGGCACGAGAACAGAUACGGGUCUUCAAAGUCCUAGAAAUCGACUAUUACCCGCGCGAGUCGCACCUCGUCACCCUCCGAGACCCCUGGAGCUUCCCAGUCUUGUUUCAUCCUGCAUGUAACAACCUAGUGCGAAAUCAUAUGGAAGAUCUGGCACAAAAGAUUGUGGCUGUCUGUGUUUCGCUAGGAGAGUACCCUACAAUCCGCUACUACCGCCCACGCAACCCUUCCCACGAAGCGAGUGUGCUCUGCUCGCAUCUUGCGCGCUUCGUGCAGGAACAGAUAGAUAUGUACGCUCAAUACCACGAGAACUUCCCACCCCAGUCCAACCGCCCACGAGGAGCGUUAUACAUAACCGAUCGGUCGAUGGACUUGUUCGCUCCGCUAUUGCACGAAUUCACCUACCAGGCCAUGGCGCAUGAUUUACUACCAAUCAAAGAAGGAGAGAAAGUGACAUACAAAACGAAGAUGAAUGAAGGUAGACCAGAUGAAGAGGAGAAGGAGAUGGAGAUUAGUGAAAAGGACAAGAUAUGGGUAGAAAACAGACAUCGGCAUAUGAAGGACACCAUUGAAAAGUUGAUGGGCGAUUUCCAAAGAUUCCUCGACGAGAACCCACAAUUCACAAACCAGGCCCAGGACACGGCCGGGAUGAGUGGGUUGAAUGCCAUUAAGGACAUGAUUGCUGGACUACCCCAGUUCCAAGAAAUGAAGGAAGCUUAUUCGUUGCAUCUAAGCAUGGCUCAGGAGUGUAUGCAGCUAUUUCAGCAACAAAAGCUACCAGAUCUAGCUUCAGUGGAACAGACCCUUGCCACAGGUCUUGAUGAAGAUUACCGCAAACCCAAAAACGUAGCAGAUCAGAUCGUUCGCACUCUUGACGAAGAUAGUAUCACGCAUCCGGACCGACUCCGGCUCAUUGCACUCUAUCUGCUCUAUAGAGACGGACUCCUCCCUGCUGAUCUCAUGAAGCUCCUCGCACAUGCCCAGCUACCACCCGGGGAUGGCGAAGUCGUCCGUAAUCUCGACCUCCUCGGCGCUCGCGUCGCGAGGCCUCUAAAAGACAACAAGCCAGGCCCACCCCCUAUCUUCGCGAACAAGCCCCCUCCUGCCGCGAACGCCGAAGAAUACGCUCUCUCGCGCUACACCACCGCCCUCCAACACCUCCUCGAGGCCCAUGUACACGGCACCCUUGACCAGACCGUGUUCCCCUACACCAAACCUAACAUGGACGCCGUCCCCUCCAAUCCCUCCGACCUCGUCACUGCCACUUCCCUCCGCUCCGCGAAACCCACCUGGGCCAAGUCUCGCCUCAGCUCCGUCGAGCCCCGCCAGCGCGUCAUCGUCUUCAUGGCCGGCGGCGCCACCUACUCUGAGUCGCGCGCCUGCUACGAAGUCUCAGCCAAGACGUCCCGCGACGUCUUCCUCGUCACAUCCCACAUGCUCACGCCCGCCCUCUUCGUCCGCCAGGUCGGCGACCUCUCGGUCGAGAAGCGUCGUUUGGGCAUCCCAGCUGAGCUGCCGAAGCCGAAAGCGCCCGCCCACCUCUUCGAGCGCGACGAGCCGCCGAAGCCAGCGGUCCCGCCCAACGCGACGAAACCGAAGGCGCCGGCGCCGCCGACAGCGGGGUUGGCGGGUAUAACGCUGAAUUCUGGUGGUGCGGGUGCGCCGCCGAGGCCGACGAAUGGGAAUGUGACGGGGACGGGAUCCGGGUCCGGGGGGAUCAAGUAUGGGAAGGAGGAGAAGAAGAAGAAGAAGCAUCAUUUUUUCGGGAGCUCGAAGUGAGUUUUAGCGGUGUGGAUGUUUUAUUAUGCAUGGCGUGGGCUGGCGUCGAGGUCAUUGUGUGGGUUUCAUAAUACUGGUGUAGGGGUGUUUUGAUGGCGAGCACGGCAGAUAUCCUUGGUCGGUGUUGGGCCUGGGGUGUGUGUUUCUAGUUGUGAGGAAAGUGUGUUUUGAGUUGAUGGAUAGCAUCUGGUGGGUGCAGGUCACUGCGGGGAGGGGGCUGUAGAUGGGAGGCUGUAGGGUUGUGGAGGAAUAGAUGUGUAUCUACAAAGCAUUCUGGCGCUGUUGCAUUGCGUGUUUCCCGUGGGAGAUUCCUUGUUUCAAAGGCUUCUAGCCCGCUCGGUGAGGAGCUGAAAUGAUGUGGCAAUGGGAUUGGCGUUGGAGG